GCAGCAGCAGCAGCAGGAACUGGAACUGUGCUGGGAGCUAAUUAUGACAAGGACACUCACCCAUUCACACAGACUGACUGUCUCGCCAAUUUGGAGGAUGACCUAGAUGAAGCAUUUGGAGAAAGUGAGUGUACGUUGUUUCCUUCAUUCCGAAGUGUGGGAGGAAAGCAGGUGCAGGAGAACACGAUGAAACUGCUUUGUAGGAAGUGCUGUUGUUGGCCAUCGUACCUGUGGACGUUACAAGUCGCGUCCUACUUGGCCAUCAUUGGCCUCGCCAUUGGGGUGCUUCCACCCUUUAGGACCUUCAAUAUAUCUGACACCAGCCUGACCCAUUUGGUGGUCCACAAUAAAACUGGAGUCGUCUACGUCGGAGCCAUCGACAAGAUCUACAAACUGGCGGACAACCUGACCAUGCUCCGCUCCCAUGUGACUGGGCCAGCCGAAGACAACGAGAAGUGUUACCCGCCUCCCAGCGUGCAGUCCUGCCCCCACCCCCUGGUGUUGACCAGGAACGUCAACAAGCUGCUCCUCAUUGACUACACGCAGAACCGUCUCAUCGCCUGCGGGAGUACGUUUCAGGGGAUAUGCCAGUUCCUUCGCCUGGAUGACCUCUUCAAGCUCGGGGAACCCCACCACCGCAAGGAGCAUUACCUGUCCAGCGUCGACGAGGCGGCCACCAUGUCUGGCGUGAUCAUCGAGGGGCCCAACGGGACCAACAACAAGCUGUUCAUCGGCACUCCCAUCGAUGGUAAAUCGGAGUACUUUCCCACUCUUUCCAGCAGAAAACUGAUGGUUAAUGAGGAAAAUGCGGAGAUGUUUGGCUUUGUCUAUCAGGACGAGUUUGUAUCCUCCCAACUGAAGAUCCCUUCGGACACCCUUUCUAAAUUCCCAGCCUUUGACAUUUAUUAUAUUUAUAGUUUUAGCAGCGAACAGUUUGUUUAUUACUUAACCCUCCAACUCGACACUCAGUUGACAUCUCCCGAUUCAAACAGCGAGCAAUUCUUCACGUCAAAGAUAGUCCGGCUAUGUGUCGGUGAUCCCAAGUUUUACUCUUACGUGGAGUUUCCCAUUGGGUGCCUGAAGGAAGGCGUGGAGUACCGGCUCAUCCAGGACGCUUACCUGGCCAAGCCCGGAAAAUUCCUCGCCCGGUCGCUGGGAAUCUCCGAGAAAGAGGACAUCCUCUUCACCGUCUUUUCUCAAGGCCAGAAGAACAGGAUGAAACCGCCCAGGGAGUCGGCUCUCUGCCUCUUCACGCUGAGGAAAAUCAAACAGAAGAUCAAGGAGAGGAUUCAGUCGUGUUACAGAGGGGAAGGGAAGCUCUCAUUACCCUGGCUUCUCAACAAAGAACUAGCCUGCAUAAAUUCCCCUUUGCAGAUUGACGACAAUUUCUGUGGACAAGAUUUUAACCAGCCAUUGGGUGGGACGACACUGGUGGAAGGGAUCCCGCUGUUUAUUGACAAAGAGGAUGGGAUGACCUCGAUUGCUGCCUAUGACUACAGGGGUCACUCAGUUGCCUUUUUCGGGACCAGAAGUGGGAAGAUGAAAAAGAUUCUGGUUGAUUCCAUCACUCUGGGCUCAGGGGGUCCGAUGCUGUAUGAAAACGUGACGGUCACUGAGGGAAGUCCCAUACUCCGCGACUUGGUGUUCAGUCCUGAUUACCAGUACAUCUACGCAAUGAGUGACAAACGGGUGAGCCGCGUUCCAGUGGAGAGCUGUGAGCAGUAUGAGAGCUGUGAGGUGUGCCUGGGCUCCCGUGAUCCACAUUGCGGCUGGUGCGUUCUGCAUAACGUGUGCUCUCGCAAGGACAGGUGUGACCGAGCCAAUGAAUAUCAACGCUUUGCCGCGAACCUGCGACAGUGUGUCCAGCUGAGUGUCCAGCCUAGAAAUAUCUCUGUUACCAUGUCCCAGGUUCUGUUGAUUCUACAAACCCGCAAUGUCCCUGACCUAUCUACAGGAGUCAACUGUUCCUUUGAGAAUUUCACCGAGACUGAGGGUCGGAUAAUGGACGGGCGGAUUUACUGUCGGUCUCCCUCGGCCAGAGAGAUUGUCCCCAUCACGAGAGGCCAGGGAGACAAGCGGGUGGUCAAGUUAUAUUUGAAGUCAAAGGAAACGGGCAAGAAGUUUGCCAGCACAGACUUUGUGUUUUACAACUGCAGCGUUCAUCAGUCCUGCCUCUCAUGUGUCGAUGGUUCCUUCCCCUGUCACUGGUGCAAAUAUCGUCACAUUUGCACUCAGAACGCAGCCGACUGCUCUUUCCAGGAGGGACGAGUCAACAUGUCGGAGGACUGUCCACAGAUUCUCCCGUCCACAGAAAUCUUCAUCCCGGUGGGAGUGGUCAAGCCCAUCACGCUCGCUGCCAAGAAUCUGCCCCAGCCACAGUCAGGGCAACGGAGCUAUGAGUGCAUCUUCGACAUCCAGGGCACCAUGCAUCGCGUACCAGCCCUGCGCUUCAACAGCACCAGUGUGCAGUGCCAGAACACCUCGUACACGUAUGAAGGAAAUGACAUCAGCGACCUUCCCGUGGAUCUCUCCGUUGUAUGGAAUGGGAAUUUUGUCAUAGACAACCCUGCCAACAUUAAAGCUCACCUCUACAAGUGCACCGCCCUCCGGGAGAGCUGCGGUCUGUGUCUAAAAGCCGAUCCAAAGUUUGAGUGCGGUUGGUGCGUGCAGGAGAAGAAGUGCAUGCUCCGGCAGGACUGCCAGGCUCCGGCAAGCAACUGGAUGCACCAACGCAGCGCCAACAGCAGAUGCACCGACCCGAAGAUCACCAAGUUGGUGCCAGAGACUGGGCCCAAGGAAGGAGGAACCAGGUUGACGAUUACCGGAGUGAAUCUGGGCUUGACCUUCUCCGAAAUUCGUAACGGGGUGCACAUCGGGCGAGUCCGCUGUGUCCCCAUUCCAGAGGAGUACAUCAGUGCUGAGCAGAUUGUGUGUGACAUGGAGAGGGCCGACCCUCAAACAGCAAAGAAAGGAUUUGUGGAGGUUUGCGUUGUGAACUGCGAUGAUGAGUACCGAGCAAUCUCGUCCGAACCCUUCACCUUUGUGACUCCGAGGUUUACCAAGGUGAUACCUUCCCAGGGUCCUGUGUCUGGAGGCAGUCAAGUGACGAUCGUGGGGGUGCAUCUCGACGCAGGCAGUUCUGUGGAGGCCUACGUUGGCGAUAACAGCAUUUGCCAAUUUGAAAGGAGAACUUCAGGAGAGAUAGUCUGUGUGACAUCUGCAUCGACAAAGGGAAUAGGCCCGGCUUCCAUCAGAGUCCACAUCAACCAAGCUCGGUUGCUGAACCCCAAUGUGAAAUACAACUACACAGAAGAUCCCACCAUAUCCAAAAUCGAGCCCGAAUGGACCAUUACCAGUCCUAUUUGGAAGGAAGUCCCAGAAUUUGACCCGGUGACCAUGAAGGAAAUGAUGAUGCGUUUCCAAGUCUGGAUGGUGUGUGCGACUUGCAAAGAGGUGUAUACGUUGGAGAAAGUGACUGUGACAGUGGGUACUGGGCUUAUGGUGCCUGACAGCGGGAGGAACCUGAUUCCCAACGCGCCAGGCAAUGUCAAGCUGAAUUACACAGUGCUGAUAGGGGACAACCCCUGUGCUCUGACAGUCUCGGAGACCCAGCUCCUGUGUGAACCACCUAACCUGACUGGCGAGCAUAAAGUUUUGAUUAAGGUGGGAGGGCUGGAGUUCUCGCCAGGAGUCCUGCACAUCUACUCGGACAGCCUCCUCACCAUGCCGGCUGCCUUGGGGAUCGGGGGAGGGGGGGCUCUGCUGCUGCUCAUUAUCGUCAUCGUCCUCAUCGCCUACAAGAGGAAGUCACGUGACGCUGACCGCACGCUGAAGCGGCUGCAGCUGCAGAUGGACAACUUGGAGUCUCGGGUGGCUCUGGAAUGCAAGGAAGCUUUUGCCGAGCUGCAGACUGAUAUCCACGAGCUCACCAGUGAGCUGGACGGUGCUGGGAUCCCGUUCCUCGAUUACCGAACGUAUGCCAUGAGGGUCCUUUUCCCAGGGAUAGAAGAUCACCCGGUGCUCAAGGCCAUGGAGGUAACAGCUAAUGUGGAGAAGGCCCUCACUCUGUUUGGGCAGCUGCUCAACAAGAAGGUCUUCCUUCUGACCUUCAUCCGCACCUUGGAGGCUCAGCGAAGCUUCUCAAUGCGUGACCGAGGCAAUGUGGCAUCGCUGAUCAUGACGGCGCUCCAGGGCGAGAUGGAGUACGCCACUGGCGUCCUCAAGCAGCUCCUCUCGGACCUGAUUGAAAAGAAUCUGGAGAGCAAAAACCACCCAAAGCUGCUGCUGAGGAGGACUGAGUCUGUUGCUGAGAAGAUGCUGACCAAUUGGUUUACCUUCCUAUUGUACAAGUUUUUGAAGGAAUGUGCCGGUGAGCCACUCUUCAUGCUGUACUGCGCCAUCAAACAGCAAAUGGAGAAAGGACCCAUCGAUGCCAUCACUGGGGAGGCUCGCUACUCUCUGAGUGAGGACAAGCUCAUCCGGCAGCAGAUUGACUACAAGACAGUGACCCUGAACUGCGUGAACCCCGAGAAUGAGAAUGCCCCCGAGAUCCCUGUCAAAGUGCUGAACUGCGACACUGUCAUGCAAGUGAAGGAUAAGUUAUUGGAUGCGUGCUACAAAGGCAUCCCUUACUCACAGCGUCCCAAGGCAGCAGACAUGGACCUCGAAUGGCGGCAGGGGAGAAUUGCGCGAAUAAUUCUCCAGGACGAAGAUGUGACGACAAAGAUAGAUAAUGACUGGAAACGUCUGAAUACACUGGCACACUACCAGGUGACAGAUGGAUCUUUGAUAGCACUUGUACCGAAACAAACCUCAGCCUACAAUAUCUCCAAUUCCUCCACAUUCACCAAAUCCCUCAGCCGCUAUGAGAGUAUGUUGCGCACUGCCAGCAGCCCAGACAGCCUGCGAUCUCGGACGCCCAUGAUCACCCCAGACCUGGAGAGCGGGACAAAACUCUGGCACCUGGUCAAGAACCACGACCACAUGGACCAGAGGGAAGGGGACCGAGGCAGCAAGAUGGUGUCCGAGAUUUACCUGACCCGCCUCCUCGCCACCAAGGGAACCCUGCAGAAGUUUGUGGAUGACCUGUUUGAGACAAUAUUCAGCACAGCACACAGGGGCAGUGCCCUUCCUCUUGCAAUCAAAUAUAUGUUUGACUUUCUGGACGAGCAGGCAGACAAACACCUGAUCACUGACCAUGAUGUGCGACAUACCUGGAAGAGUAACUGUCUACCUCUACGAUUUUGGGUGAAUGUUAUAAAAAAUCCCCAGUUUGUCUUUGACAUUCACAAGAACAGUAUUACUGACGCCUGCCUCUCUGUGGUGGCACAGACUUUCAUGGACUCCUGUUCCACCUCUGAGCAUAAACUGGGCAAGGACUCACCCUCAAACAAACUACUGUACGCAAAAGACAUUCCAAACUACAAAAACUGGGUGGAGAGGUACUAUGCGGAUAUCUCCAAGAUGCCUGUGAUCAGUGACCAGGACAUGAGCGCUUAUCUGGCUGAGCAGUCGCGGCUACACUUGAACCAAUUCAAUAGCAAUAGUGCACUGCAUGAGAUCUACACCUACAUCAACAAGUACAGGGAUGAGAUCUUGUCAACUUUGGAGAAGGACGAGCAAGCAAGAAGGCAGAGGCUACGAAGUAAGCUGGAGCAAGUGAUCGACGCCAUGGCCUGCAGCAGCUGAGACCUCGCCAGGGGAGGAGGAAUGAAGGAGGAAGGAGAGGGGGGGAAGAGGUUCAGUUGACAUCCAGCGCCCGGAAGACUUGCCUGAGUGUGUCUG